AUGUUCUAUUUUAGACAUUCAAGAUUGUUUUCAAUCAAGAAUUUGUAUUACACAAACAUUAUAUGUGAACUUAAGAGACCUCCAUGGGUAGGUGAAUAAUUUAUUUAAAUAUCACUAAAAAAAAAAAAAUUUAUUUUUCAUUGUGUAAGAAAUUUAAUUAAAUAUUAAAUUAUUAGUUUAAAUAGGAAAUUACUCAGUGUUAAUCACUAACUAUUAUGAAACUACCAUUUUUAGUGUUUUUAUGAUUGAUUAUCAAAAUUACUAAGAAUAGUUAACUAUUUAUAAAUGAUGCCGGUUAUUUUUGUUUAUUAUGCUCAGUUGUUACCAGAUAUAUUGUUUGUAAAAAAACAAUUUACAUCUAAUUGUAUUUAUACUGUUUAUAUAAACUCAUGGUUACCCAAUCAAAAUUAAUAUUUUGGAGAUUUUAACUAACUUAUCCACCUUCAAUAUUUAUAUUACUUUUACUUUAAGAAUGUGAUUACCAAAAAUGGUAUACAGUAUAAACACUUAAAAGUUCAUAAUUUUAAUUAAUACUUUUUCAGGAUUGGAUAUUACACCAGAUUAGUACAUUGCAUAUUGCACCAGGAAAUGUGAUUUUUCACUCAAUGCACAUAUGA